AUUGUAGCUAAAUGUGAUCAAAUGGCGGAGAGGUUUUCUCGGUUUCACGAGGUUCGAGAUUAUCAGGGUAAAGGAGUAGAUGUCUAUGAUGACAACCUCAUCGAGCUUGAGCAGUCUUCUCUUGCUGAGCCAAUUACACAGCACGCUAGUGGUGCCGGGCAUGAGGUAGAGGGCCGCCACUGCUGUCUCUGCGGGUGGCCACUGCCUCGGCGUACGGGACUACUUGCUGGGGGCGCUUGUUCGUGUUGGUUCUACUUGGCACCUCCCUCCUUUCUCUCCUCCUGCGGGGUUGCACCUCCUAGGACAAUCUCGGCUACCAGCUGCUGCUGCGACAUGGCUGGAAGUCCGGACAGGGCCUGGGCAAGAAUGAGCAAGGACGUACCGAUCCCUUGCCAAUUAUCCUCAAGGAAGACAUCAUGGGAUUUGGACGAAUGGAGAUGGAAAUGGACUAUGCAGAGGAGACAACAGAGAAAAGGAGAACACUGGAGAUUGAGAAGGAGGAGACAGAAGAGCUCAAACUUAAGUACAAGGCCGUUCAAGAGAAAGAAAAGGUAGUUCAGGAGGCCUUGGCGACCCUGAAAGCCAACUUCUACUGCGACCUCUGUGACAAACAGUACACAAAGCAUCAGGAGUUUGACAACCACAUCAACUCUUAUGACCAUGCUCACAAACAGAGACUCAAGGAGCUCAAGCAGCGGGAGUUUGGACGCAAUGUGCUGUCCAAGGUGAAACGUGAGGACAAGGGCCGUGAGAAGGAGCAGCGACGUCUCCAGCAUUUGGCAGAGCUAAGAGCUCAUGUGGCAGUGAUGCGGGGACCCACCGAAAUGGGAACUGGAGAAAAGUUUAGAGGACGUUUCCAGCAGGUGGACUACGUUGAUGAAACAAAGCCACAAGCAUCAUCACAGUCUCCCACUUUCUAUGACAGUGACGAAUACCAGCAGGACACUAAUGAAUGCCAGCAAGACAUCGAUGAAUGCCAGCAAGACAUUGAUGAAUGCCAGCAAGACAUUAAUGAAAGUCAGCAGGAAGCCGAUGAAAACCAGCAGGAAGCAGAUGAAAACCAGCAGGAAGCAGAUGAAAGCCAGCAGGAUGCCGAUGAAAGCCAGCAGGAUGCCGACGAAAGCCAGCAGGACUCCAGCAAUGCCAAUUCAAGUGACGAUGAAAUCAAUGCGAAAAAGGAACAAGACCUUGACAGCCAAGCUCAGAGUCCACCAGGAAGUGUGCCAGAAGACGAACAAGAAGAAGAAGCAAACAUCCCGCAAACAACAUUCUUUGCCGAUUCUAACAUAUUCGAACUGCCACCACUGCCUAGUGAGAUUCCCCUUCCCACCGACAUUCCACCUCCCCCACCCCCACCUCCAUUUUUAGGUCUUACCAUCUUAGACCCUGGUCAAGAGAAGUACUCGCCAGAAGAGCCCACACCUGCUCUUCCAGAGCCUGCUCUGCCUGAGUUGCCACAACCUACGGUGCCCGACUUGCCACAGCCUUCAGUGUCCGAGCUGCCACAGCCCUUGGUGUCCGAGGUGCCUCCACCUCCUACCCCACCUACCCCACCUACGGAGGUUCUCUUGCCUGCAACAGAGCCACCCCUCAUCGAGGAGUCCAAGUCUAAGCUGCUCAUUGGCAAAGCGUUGGCAAAGAAGCGACUCAUCGCAUUCUCUUUGACUUCAAACCAGCCCCUGCAGAAAGCCCUCGAAGUGAAGAGGGCAGCUACUACAGUCACAAAGCCAGUCAAGGGUGCCUUGUCAUUCAGCUUUGCUCGGAAAAACAUUGGAAAAGUGGCCCCCAUUUCAAGUGCGCUGUUCAAGGAAGACGAUGACCAGCCUGAUGAGGAAGGCCCAGAAGUGACUGCUGCAGCUACAACAAGUGAAGAGGCACAGGCGGGUGCUGCUGAGAGUAAAAGCGCCGAAGAACCUGAGAAAAACGAGAAGCCAUCCACCGAACCUGAGCAGCAGGAAGACAGUAACUUUUACUUUGUGGCCCCUCCCAAGAGGUUUAAGGUGAAGCCAAAGUUCGAAUUUGUGAAGUUUUUGAAGAGUGAUAAGUUUGAGCUCAAGCUUCCUGAUGAUGCAGUGGAAGGAGUUCCAGAGAAAAAAAUUAAAAAUGAGUCACAGGAUGGAACCAAGAAACCAGUUGAUGUCACAGGCAGUAAAGCAUAUUCUGAAGAAAGUCGUGGAGAUGCGAAGAAAAAGCAGCAGCCUUCUAAAGUUAGUGACAAGAGUGAAGGGUCUGCCAAAAGCAAGACAGAGUCUCUCGAUGUCUCAUCUCGAAAUGGCAGCAAGAAGAAAGAGAGUGCAACUAGUGGUGCCAAAACAGAAAAGAAGGAUCGCGGCAGAAGUCCUCGCAGCGUUAAGCACUCCAGAGACAGGAAAAGUCGUUCCCGUGAACGUAAAAGGAGUCGUUCAAAAGACAAGAAACGAAGCCACUCAAGGGAGCGAAGGAGAAGUAGAUCCAGGGAUCGACGAAGGGGGCGAUCACGAGAGCGCCACCGCAGCCGUUCCCCACGAGAUAAAAAGAGGAGCAGGUCCAAGGAUGGAAAGCGAAGUCGCUCUAGAGACAAAAAGGCAAGCCAUGCCAAGGACACAAGAAGGAGCAGGUCGAGGGAGCGGCGGAGGAGCAAGUCCAAGGAUAGAGGCAAAGACAGAGCCACUCAUAAGGGUGGGAAGGAAGCCAAACAGCGGUCACCGAGCAGGGAGCGAGUAAGUUACUCAAAGGGCCGUGCAAGAAGCAAUGCUGACAGCCAGAAGAAAAAGGAGAAGUCGGCAGAUGACAAGAAAAGCAAAGAAAAGCAUGCCACUACUAACGACCAUAAGAAGGAGGACACAGUACGGAUGGAAACAGCAAGUGCAGAGCCACAGGCUUCGAGUCCAGAAGCACCUCAGGAUGAUGGCACUACAGAAGCAGUGAAUGGUGAGGAGGAAUCUACUGGUGAUCAACAGGAUGAAGAAGAAGAGAAGGCUGCUAGAGGGCCCAGACGUUCGCCAGAAACCACUUGCAAGCAAGACAAAAAGCAAGCUUCCGAUUUGAGCACUUCGCAAACUGUAUGCCAUAAAAAACCUGAUGAAGCAGGUGCAUGCGUAGAAAAAAAUGAGCCAGUGUUAAACCUAAUGUGCGAGGACAGCCCGCUCGACACUCUUGGAGAAGCAGACAGUUGUGAUAGUGCAGACAUGUUUCAGCAUUCACCAUGUAAGCUUUCAACAGUGUUGACUGAGAAGGUGUCACUUUGUGAUGACAAGAUUGAGACUCGUGGUGACGACAUUGCUGAGCAACACAUCUUUUUAGCAACCUGCUCUGUCAAGUUGGAUGAAAGUGACAGUCAGAGCAAACUUUGCCAGAUGCCGAAGUCUGAUUCCCCAUCACAGAUAUGCAUUGACAAACUGUUGCCUGAAGAAGCACAGAAAACUCAUGAAGACACCGAAGCAGUUGGUCAGAAACAACUUGAAAGUCAAACUGAGAAGCUUAAGGAAGCUAGUGAUGACUCUGGAAGUUGUGAUGAUCCCAUUAAGGCACAGCAGAAGUUCUUAGAGGAAAUAGAAGCUACCAAGAAAAGCGCCCUUGUGACAGUGCAGAGACAGAACUCGGAAAGCAAGGCAGAAGUUUCAGGAAAUAACAGAAAGACUAGCAAAGCAAGUAAACUGAAGAAGCCAAAGCCUGAAAGCACAGAGUUAUCAACCAUGGACCUCAUAGCCCCUGUCAAGGAGAAAACUGCCAAGGCAGCUAAGGAGAAGCGGAAGACCGCAAAAGACAAGCCACAGGAAAAGAAGAAAAAGAAACGAAAGAGGAGGCCUAAAGCAUCUAGUUCGAGCUCAUCAUCGUCAUCGUCCUCCUCCUCAUCAUCAUCUUCAAGUUCAUCACGUAGCAGCAGUUCAGGCACGAGUGGUAGCUCAAGCAGUUCAGGCAGUGGCUCAGACUCUGAGAGUUCCAGCAGCUCGUCUUCUUCCAGCUCUAGUUCAAGCAGCUCUAGCAGCUCAUCAUCUUCAUCCUCUUCUUCUUCUUCGGAGUGCCCUCAGAAACUGAAGAAAAAGAGGAAGAAACUGAAGCUGAAGUCCAAGAUGCUUAAGGAAAAAAUGGCUAGAAUGGCGAAGAAGGCACAGACUGCCAAGACUGUGCAAGCAUGUGCCACCAUGCUCACACAGACUGCUGGCAUUGAUAGCAUACUGACCAUAGGCAAGCAAACAACCCAGACCUCGGAGCAUUCAGGCAGUACAUUCCACAUUGGGAGUGUGUCACAUGCCGCACGCACAGCUGAAGACUCAAAACCACCACAGGAGCUUGUCAAGGAAAUUAGUGCUUCAAGAGGUCCCACCGAGCAAGUUAUCGUGAAGGAGGCAGCAAAAGCUGACAAAGAUUUGAAUGUGCUAACGACCUUUCACCUUGAGCCAAUUGAACCUGCAUAUGAUGCACAAACAAGCAAGCAAGCUUCGGAUAAGCUGCAACAGAGCUGCAGUGUUAAAGGUUUAGAAGAACUGUCCUCAAAGAAUGUCGCUGAUGUCCCCUGUGAACUCAAAGAUCAACAUUUGAAAAUUGAAAAAAACACAUCUGAUGUGGAUGAAGCACGUAUUGGUGCUGCAGAUGCACCCAGCAAGACUACAGAGCAUUCUAAAUGUUCACAUAAAAAUAAAGUUGAUGAUAAUGAAGCCAAGAAGCUUGAUUUUGUUGCUACUAAAGUUAUUACAAGUGGCCCAGCCAAGGGAACUUGUGAACCUUCAACCAAAAAAACUGUUGAGAUGCCUUCAAGCAAGAGUCCCUGCAAUGCCAUUGCCGAGCGCCGUAGCAGUGCAGAGCACCACAUUGAGUGCCCUGUCAGUACUGAGCGCCGAGAUAGCACUGAGCACAGUGAUACAAAAAAAGACAAGAAGGACUGCCCAUCAAGCAGUCGCUGGCCUACGAGUGAUGACAAAGCAACCGACAAACUUGACAGCAAGAGAAGUAAGGAGCAUAAAAGGAAGAGUGAGCCAUCUCCAAGUAAUGAGCCUGCAUGUAAGAAAAGAGCCUCCGAGCAGGAUGCACCAAGAGCAAACAAGGUUGAUAGCAGAGGAACCAGUCAUCGAUUGCCUAAGUCCAAUACCACUACUGCAGAGCAUAGAAGGUCUGUUACAAAGCAGGAGAAGACCAAAAAGGAAAGAACAAAAAAGGAAGACCAAGAAGGAGCAAAAAAAGCUAAGGAAGAGGCCAUUUUGGACCCAAAAGAGAGGGAGAGACUUAAAGGUGAAGCAUUAGAAAAAGCACGGAAAGAAGGCAGCGACUGCAUCAAAGUGAAAACAGCUGAUCGAAAGAAAGAAAUCAGCUGGCCUAUGGCUCUUAUUAGAUAUACUAACAGCAAACCAUUUAUUUCAUAUGGCUGCAACCCUAUUUAUGGCAAGAUCAGUGUAGCAUAUGUAAAGAAGGAGAAAAGGACUUCUGUAGCUAGUAAUUCUGAGGAAAAAGAAGAAAAGAAAGACAUUCGCGAAGUGCCAAAAGAUUCUGCAAAAAAGGACGGCCGUAGUAGAGUACACAAGUCGAAAAAGGAAGUACCGCUGGAUGCUCCAGAUAGAAAGAAAGUAACGUCACCUUCUAGGGAAGCAGUAAAGGAAUCAGAUGUCACUGACCUUGUAUCUCCCGACCUCAAUGCAAUGUCAGGACUUCAGGCUUUGCAGUGCCUGUACGAUAACAUGGACAGUCCAGAAGUGCCAGCAAAGGAUCUGGACUCUGAAAAUGAAAUAAGUCACUCCAAGGCUGAUCAGGAGGAUGUGCCUGAAGAAAUGGCAAUCAGCGAUCAGUGGGCAAACACAGAGUUGGACGCAGCCAAACAGUGCAGUGUUGAAACCACGCUAGCCAGUUCAGAAGCUCUUGGUGCAACACACCACUCAAAAGGUACUGUGCCAAGAACCCCAGAGCGUGAACCACCAGAAGUGAACACGGAGGUGCCAUCAAAAUCACCACUUGCUGUACCAGUAAAGAGAGAAUCAUUGCAAGACAAAAUGCAAUUGACAGCUGAACCUGAAACGACAGUAGAAAGUGCAGAAAAAGAAGCUGCUAAGGAACAUAAAUGGGAGGAUGAAGGAAAAAACAGUAGCACGAAAAAACAAGUCAGUAAUGAACCAACUCGUCCAAGAAAAUGUUUUAUGGAGGAUAAAGUUUUACGCUCCAGUCAGGAAGAGGUCAGGCUGCCGGAGAUAGAGAAAGAAGAGAACGUGCCCUCACCUAAUGCUAUGGAUGUUUCUGACGAUAUGGUCGACCUACUUUCAAAUACUGAGACUUCUCUGGAAGAAACUCGUUUCUUGGAGUACAGUUCACGUAUCACAAACGAGAUCAUAGCGGACAUUGAAAACGCUCAUGUAGAAACUGUGGAAAGUGUAGUUGAGAAAAGUGAACUGCAGACGGAAAGAGCCAUGAAAACCGUAGCUGAGAAAAGUGAACGACAGGCGGAAAGAGCCAUGAAAACUGUAGCUGAGAAAAGCGAACAACAGGUGGAAAGAGCCACGAAAACCGUAGCUGAGAAAAGUGAACGACAGGCGGAAAGAGUCAAGAAAACCGUAGCUGAGAAAAGCAAACUACAAGCAGAAAGAGCUACGAAAACCAUAGCUGAGAAAAGUGAACUACAGGCGGAAAGAGCCAUGAAAAUUGCAGCUGAGAAAAGUGAACUACAGGCAGAAAGAGCCACGAAAACUGCAGCUGAGAAAAGUGACCGACAGGUGGAAAGAGCCAUGAAAACCGUAGCUGAGAAAAGUGAACGACAGGCGGAAAGAGCCAUGAAAACUGCAGCUGAGAAAAGUGAACGACAGGUGGAAAGAGCCAUGAAAACUGUAGCUGAGAAAAGUGAACGGCAGGCGGAAAGAGCCAUGAAAACCGUAGCUGAGAAAAGUGAACGACUGGCGGAAAGAGCUAUGAAAGCUGUAGCUGAGAAAACUGAACGACAGGUGGAAAGAGCCACGAAAACCGUAGCUGAGAAAAGUGAACGACAGGCGAAAGGAGCUAUGAAAACCAUAGCAGAGAAAAGUGAACGACAGGUGGAAAGAGCCACGAAAACCGUAGCUGAGAAAAGUGAACGACAGGCGGAAAGAGCAAUGAAAACCGUGGCUGAGAAAAGUGAACUACAGGCAGAAAGAUGCACGAAAACCGUAGCUGAGAAUCGUGAACUACAGGUGGAAAGAGCCAUAAAAACUGUAGCUGAGAAUCGCGAACCCCAAGCGGGAACCAUCAUGAAAGCAGAAGAGCCAAAGGAAGAUGUAGCUGUUGCUGCCAGCCCAAGCACGACUGCUUUGCCAGAGGAAUUAGUGUGCAUGGCAACCAGUCAGAUGACACCACUUGGGGCUGACAAGGACUUGACUUCUGAAUAUGAAAAGUUCAUGGAACAGCUGAACCUCGGAAGUUGUAUUGAAGUAGAGGUAGCACAGGAAGUUGAAGUGCCUAGUGAAGAUGCUCUUGAGCCUGAGCAAGCUCCAGAUGUCAUCAGCGCAGCACCAGCUGAAGGCAAGAACGACCUGGAUCCUGUGUUCACUAUCCCAAUGCAGACUUCACUGGUAGCUUCAUUGCAAGAUGAUUUAUCUGAGGUGCCUGUUGAAGACAUUGGAGCCCUUGAAGUGGCUUGUGAGAGUGAAGUCAGCAGCUCUCCAUUUUUACCAUCUGUGCCACCACCUCUGGCACCUGUACCUGCACCUAGUCCAGCCAUUACAUCUGCCCUUGGUGCAGACAGCCAAGCAUCUUGUGUUCUUGCUCCCAUUGGGUCCAUUGUUUCUGCUGGGAUUCCCAUUACUUCGCCAUUGUCAUUGUCAGCUCCUGCCUCCCUUACUACACCUGUAUCAUCAGUUGCUGCUGAAGCUCCAAUUCCUGUCCCUGUUCUGGCAGCUCCUGUUGCUGUGCCAGCCCCUGUGUCCUUAACAUCUGUUCAGACCUCUGUGCCACUUGCUGGUUCCAGUCCACAGCUAGUGUCAUCUGCUAUUGCAGCUACAAGUACACCUGUGCCUGUUUCAAGUUCACCUGCCUCCUCAGAUUCUUCUAAAAGCAUUGUGCAUACAAUUUAUUCAACCAGUGAUGUUUCUCUUUCACCAAGCCAACCUUCUUCAUCCAAGAGGUUGCACAGGAAAAGGCACAGUGACAUUGCUAGAACGUCUACUAGUGCUGAGGAAAUUCUGCCGUCUCCUCCUAAAAAGAAAGAUUCAAAACACAGCUUGCAUAAAUCUGCAUCCCAAAAGCCAGAACUUCCUGCCCAGCCAGAAGUGUCCAGUAGCAAGAGUAUGUCACGGCCCAUCAUCAUCAAAGUUCAGGCGAAUUCUGAGCCAAGAAUGCAGUCAGCUGCUCCUCAGAUCUCACAGGCAGAAAAUGUAGAUGGCUUAGAAUGUUUGCCUGCUGAGCAGUCAGCACCAGAGGUCUGUGCUGAGGUAGAAGUUGGAAGUGAUGUCUGCACAGAGGAGCAGGUGAAGUUUGCAUCGUCAGAUGACAUGUUUGUAACCAUUGUGGACACUGAAGAUAUAUGUCUUGCUGCUGUCGAGGAAGUGGCAUGUUCAUCAUCGGAUGACCUCGGCAGCGGCUUGGCAGUGCCUGCAGAACAACCCGAAGAGAAAGAAAGCUCCCCGCCUCCGCCUCCUCCACCGCCUCGUUACUUGCGGCUCAAGCCACGCAAAGGAUCAUCAUCAUCUGUGAGCUCGUCCAGCUCUGUAGAAGAAGUGCCACCGCCGCCACCGCCACCUCCACGGCCACCUGUUCGUUGCUUGGUGCUCCCUCCCCCACCUGCAGGUAUUCUCUUGCCAGCUGGCAGAGGCACCCUCUCAAAUGAACCCAAGAAAUCCGUUACUUUUGCUGAUGGCAUCCCGCCAGGCAAAGAACCACCAUCUAGCGGUGGUGCCCCAUCACCACCACCUCCUCCACCACCGCCACCUCGUGAACGCAAACACCGCACAAAGGUCAAGGUUAUCAUACCAUCAUCUGUAGCAGACUCCCUGCCGCCGCCCCCACCUCCCCCAAAACGACCACCACCACCACCGGCUGCAACAGCACCUGCUCUGGCCACUGCUUCGGCAGCAGCUUCAGCAGUGGCUGCGGCAGUGGCUUCAGCAGCCGCCCCUACUCCCCCUGUUGCUGUGGAAACCGUGGCUGCUGCCUACCCGCAGUACCAGGUGCAUUUGCCCCAGCAGACCUACCCAGCUGCAGGAUACACUGUUCCAUAUAGUAGCUACCCAGCAGCAGGCUAUGCAUAUACAGCCACAACACAUUUGGGGCAGACGGUAGCUUACACCUAUGCACCUGGCCAGGCGGCUCACCAAGCUAUGCCCAUGCAGCAGGUGCAGCAGGUGCCUCCUCAGCAGCACCUCUAUGCCAAUGCUACUGCUGCUUCUUACGUGUACCACCCACACCAGAUUGUACAGGCUGGUCCAGCUGUGAUGCAGCCUCAACAGCUGCAGCAGGCACACCUUCCACCACCACCGCCACCACCUGUGGGCCAGCUACCUCCCAGGCCACCCACAUAGCAUUCGCGUGCUCUUCAGGACAUUGUGCACAGCAGUGAUUGCUUUUCAAGAAAGAUACUGUGUGUUGUGGCAUUAGGUGGCACAAAACAGGACCUCCAGAGGAGCGAAGGCUCUAUUGCGGGCUCAAGUCAUGGGUGCUUGCCAUUUUCUUGGAUCAUGCGUCUUGGAUCAUGUGUCUUGGAUCAUGUGUCUUGGAUUUUCUUGGAUCAUGUGGACAGCUAUGAGUCAAGAGCUCAAAACAUAUUUGUUGCAUUGUCUUCACAGUGAAUGUUUUACCUGAGGCUGGUUGGUGUUCCAGCUUUCAUUUGGAACAAGGUGCAUGUCACUUACCUUUUGUUUACAGUAUACACCAUGAACAUAAUGCAUUGAACAUCGUUAUAAAUUGUGUAAAUAUGCUUUUUUUGUUAUUCGUAGAAUAAAUGAAGUAUUCUUGUGGAAU